UGAGAUGCCAAAGCAGCUCCCCUUUCCCCUGCGCUUUUGGGUGCCUAUAAAUUGCUCCGGCGCGCUCGCCAGCCUCCUCCUUCCUUGGCAGGUGGCACCCGGGCAGGAUCCCGCUCUCCCUCGGCUCCGGCUCCGGCUCCGGUGCGGGCUCUCGGCGGCGGGCACCGGGGCGCGUCCCCGCUGAGCGCUGACUGCCGUCUCUGCGAAAAAAAAACCCAACCCAGAGCGGGAGAGCGCCGAGGCGAGCGGGGAUCGCGAGAGGAAAGGCAAGUUCCAGGGAAAGUUGACUCGGACUGGCACAGCCUGCAAAAAAAAAAAAGUCGAUCGCCAGCGGGAGCAUAAAAGUGCGGGCGUCCGGGGCGCGGCGGCAUCUCUCCCUCUACUCUCCGCUGCUCCCUCUGCUCCGCUCCCCUCUGCCGCCCGCCCGCCGGCUGCCGCGGCCGCAGCGGAGCAGACCCCCGCUGCCCGGCAGCCAAGUCCCGGUUCAGCCGAGCUCCUCCGGGCUCGGCGGAUUUUCGGCUCUGAGGAGGUCCCCUGCCAACCAGCAAGAUUUUGUCCAAAAGCAGGCAAGAGGAUCGCCCUGCGCUGAGCCGGCUGGUGGGCAGCAGGCGGCGGCUCAUCGCCGCCGGCGCGCUGGGGGUGGUGAUGGUGCUGCUGCUGGUCAUCCUGAUCCCGGUGCUGGUCAGCUCAGCCGGCACCUCGGCGCACUACGAGAUGCUGGGCACCUGCCGCAUGGUCUGCGACCCCUACGGCGGCACCAAGGCGCCCAGCACGGCGGCCACGCCCGACCGCGGCCUCAUGCAGUCCCUGCCCACCUUCAUCCAGGGGCCCAAGGGGGAGGCCGGCCGGCCGGGCAAAGCGGGGCCCCGUGGCCCGCCGGGGGAGCCGGGGCCGCCCGGACCGGUGGGGCCGCCGGGUGAGAAGGGCGAGCCGGGGCGGCAGGGCCUGCCGGGCCCCCCCGGGGCGCCGGGGCUGAACGCGGCGGGGGCCAUCAGCGCCGCCACCUACAGCACCGUCCCCAAAAUCGCCUUCUACGCCGGUCUGAAGCGGCAGCACGAGGGCUACGAGGUGCUCAAGUUCGACGACGUGGUCACCAACUUGGGCAACCACUACGAUCCCACCACCGGCAAGUUCACCUGCUCCAUCCCCGGCAUCUACUUCUUCACCUACCAUGUACUCAUGCGGGGCGGCGACGGCACCAGCAUGUGGGCCGACCUCUGCAAGAACAACCAGGUUCGAGCUAGCGCGAUCGCGCAGGAUGCCGACCAGAACUAUGACUACGCCAGCAACAGUGUGGUGCUGCACCUGGAGCCCGGGGAUGAAGUGUACAUUAAACUAGAUGGAGGCAAAGCCCACGGAGGAAACAACAACAAAUACAGCACGUUUUCUGGAUUUAUUAUUUAUGCUGACUGAUAACCGACACAAAAAGACCCUGCAAACCAGUCCAAAAAGGAAGCAUCUUAAGCAAUGGAAUUGUGUGCUCAAAGUCAGUGAAAAAUGCACCCCAGCAGAGCGUGACCACUGAACACCUCAGCAGUGGGGGAAAUAAAGUCGAAUGCUACCUGGUUCACAUCUGUACAGCACAGAGAAACCUUAUGUUACAAAAGUCCAAGUUACACAGAUGUGUGAUCCACUACCGCCAAAGCAAACACUCCUCAUCCUCAGCGUCCAUGUGAAUGAAGUCCCACGUGAGUGAGUUUUGACAGGAGCAAUGCACCCCAGGACGCUGUGUUCUCUCUUCAGUGUAUAUCAGACUUUGCUGUGCUAUCAUCUUGCUGCUUUGUCCAUACUUCAGCUUUGGUUCUUGUGACUUACUUGCUAACAAUGAUGCUUGGAGUCCACUCAUAGUGUGGUGAGGAAUGAUUUUACAAUAAAAGGAAGAGGUAAUCAAAAUAUACUUUCUCUCUCCAAA